AUGAAUGAGCAGAAGAAUGAAAGAAGCGUUACUUGGUUGGCGAGUGAUCAUCAUGAGAUGCUUCACCCGCUGUGCUCUUCAGUUGCUGUGUACAAACAAUGGAUUCCAAAUACAAAUUUUGAAAAUGCUGCUAACUGGGAUCAAAACCGAGUCCCAUGUGCCAAGGAUGCCAUUCUUUUUGGGAGUAGUAAGAUUGUAUCAGUUUUUGUCCAGGCAUCCCACUCUUUGACAGACAUGUACCUUCCACUGAACGGAGAAUUCAUUAUGGCCCCCAGUGCUGGAUUUGCAGCUUUCGAUGGCAAUUACAGUCCAGGAUGUGAGACAGCUUCAGAAAUCACAUUUAAAAGUACAGACAAUUAUGAAUGGUAUGAUCCUGCGAUGUGGCAUGCUGCAAUCUCUUUGGAAAACUUAGAUCUGGGCAAAUACAUUUUCCUUCUUGAUGAAGACCGGGUUCCAUGCCAGUAUGAUGAUGUCAUUUUUCAGCCCGAAACCUCCUUCCGAGUGAACAUCAACUCUGAGCAAGCGAUACAGCUUAAGAGCAUUUCAGUCAUGGGGCAGAACUUCACCAGUGACAGUGCCCUGACAGAAUACAUGCAGAGCUCUUCUGCAAAACUUCAAUUCCAUGGGCAAGGGACACUCCGGUUAUCACAUACUAGAUGUCCAUACAAAUCUGGCUGCGAAUGUGGAAACUCAGCAAGCCAUGAGAGAAUCUGUGCUGCCUUGCUCCAAAAUUCCAGGAAUGAAUGUCCAAAGGUUACGUGCAAAGACGCAAUAAAGCCUACUGGUCAUUGUUGUGAAAUAUGUGGGGUAAUCAUUACCUUAACAUACUCUGAUGAUUUUGACAUUGAAGUCUACCGAGACAGAAUAUUCCACACUUUUCUGAAUCUGCCCAGAAAUAAAGGUAUUCAGAUGGCCAUGUCCAAGAUGAAAAAAGUGCAGACUCCCUUGAGAAUUGUGCCACGUGGCUUAGACUCAAUCAUCCAGAUUGUGCUAAUUGACAAUAAAACAGGACCCUAUGCUGGCACUCAUGCUGAACAGCUGGCUAAUGACAUCCUGAAGGAUAUAGCAGACCAUGGAAAAUUCUUUGGCAUUGUGACAGCCAACCUACAAGUAGCCACUGGCAGCAACUGGAGUGCUCAAGGAACCAGCAGCCAUCUUGGCACUAUGAUUACUGGGAUUGUCAUAGGAAUCCUUCUUGUCCUGCUCUUUCUGGGAAUUACUCAUUUUCUUUAUAAAAAUGAUGCAUUAAGAUCUCUUUCCUCUCUGCAUCUUUUCUCUUUGUGGAACCGAAGAAGGGAUCAAGAAGAUUUUGGUACAACAACUGAGGAAGGGUUUGAUAAUCCCAUGUUUGACACACCAUGUAACCCAAGUGUUUUAGCCAACAGACAUUCUGUGGAGGGAACCCAAGAGGAGAUGGGGGACAGAGAUAGCAGGCUUUAUUACAUUAACCCUUUAUAUGAUGAAACAGAACUUAGUGUUUAAGUCUUACCAGUUCAUGCAUUGCUAGCAGUUUCAUAUGAAAAGACUCAGUCACUGAUUAUCCUU